CAAGCCGUAAUUUACUUUGGUUUCUUACCAGCAACGGCGUCUAGCGCAUCGCCAGGCGCGCAGGGAGUCCCGGAAUGGGAGAGCCUCCGCCAACAAACAUCACUUCGGUAGCCUCCUCUCCUCUGCGCUUGUCGAGGUCUUUUGCGUCGUCGGUUCGUUUCUUCUUCAUACAGUCGUUUAAUCAGUACCCUCGCUAGGCCUGUACGCCGUAAUUACAUCAAAAGGAGCUCCUAGAGGCGCGUGUGGUUUGCCCGUUGCGUCCCGUCCGUCACCGAACCCCCAUUUCCACCGCAGGCCUGAGCCUUUCCAAGUCACUCGCUCCACCGCCCGCUACAGUCGUUACACCACUUCAGCUCCCCCAAAAGUCUGAACUCCGCCUCGAAGACAAGUCCACCCCACUCGCCCUCGGGGCUUGUACCCCAGCUCGCCGCCAUCAUGAGUUUCGUCAACAACUCGCGCAUGUCGGUCUACUCGACGACCUCCAAUGCCGCAUCACGCCCCGGUAACCCGUCGUCACAGGUGUCUACCACUACACUGCUUAACAACCUGAACACAUGCUUCAGGACCAACCAGCCAUUCCACCUCGAGGCGAGCACAAGCCUGGUCGUGAAUACAUGGGUCAACGCCCGGAGCAACAUAGACGGCCGCAUCGGUGGCACCGUCGACCUCGAGCUCGGCCGCAAGGCGUGGGAACAUGCCCGUCGGCGUGCUGAGGACGGCUGCAUUGUCUUGGGGUCUCUUCACGAGUCUAGCCCCUCAACGUUGUCACCGUUCGUCUCUGGGCUGCCUCUAGCUGUGCCGAUUAGCUUUUGGACGGCACUCGAGGUCCUGCGUGCUUUCACACACUGCGUGACGCCCCACAACCCUUCGUUUCCUCGCCACUCUGCCCUCGCCACCAUCUUCACGAUCAAUCUGCAGGGCACUCUCGUAAACGCGGAAAUACGGCUGUCGACAAGUGGAAUAGACACGCAGAAUGGUCUGCUGAACAUCCCGUCUAAGGCUGGAUUCCGCGCGUUCGAUGUUUUCUACUACCUCAACUCCAGCUCAGCCAGCCAAGCGGAGCGACAGUUCCUCAACUUGCAACACCCUUCAGAGUACAAAUUCUUGAACCGUUCCGGCACGUACGAUCCACCGUCAUACCUUCCCGAUGUUGACGAUGCCGCUGCCGCCGAGGAUCUCCGUCAAAACCUCAAGGCUAUUGGCAUCCGCGGCCAGAAGCUGAACAACUUGAUUAGCUGUCUUGCUGGACUUCUUAAGCUCGGCAACACCAUCGGCUACGAUGUAGACCAGGAUAUGGUACAAGCCGUAUGCGACGACUGCAGCUCUCUCCUCGACAUCGAUCCGUCUUUGCUGGGACACAAGCUCAGCGACAGUGACCGCGCCACAGCCAUCGGCGGUAUCUACGAGGCCAUCGUCGACUACGUUGUGAUGCACGCCAACACCACUAUCCAGGAGGAUGUGCGAAGUGGCAGGAUGGGCGCUGGCAGUGAUGCAGGCCACAUGACACCGCCUUCAGACGAUGACGAUGGCGAUAUUGUUAACAUCACGGUGAUCGAAGUCCCCAGCCAGGCACUCGGCAAGGCUAUUUCACUGCGCACCGUUUUCGACGAUACAGAGGGAAUCAACUCCGAGAUGAAGGAAGACGGGGUCCAAUUACCUCCCGCGGGUGCUUCAGUGUUGGAGGGUAUGCGCCACGCCAUCCAGGCAUGCGAGGCUGAACUUGGCAAAGAAGGCCCAGCCCUGCAGGAGCACCGAAUGGAUCUCGAACGGCGUGAGCGAGUUUUGGAGCAAAUCGCCUUGGAAAUUCCGGACGAGGACAAUUUCGUCAGGACGGUAUUGAUGCCUGCUAACGGGCAAGGCAUCGUCCUUGGCAGCGCAGACGUCAACCGAUUAGAUUUACCCAACGUCCUCGCUACCAGCAGAGUCUGGUUCCAUCUUGCUCUGCAUCCCACUGACGCCGCGCCUGAGAAACUCACCCAAGACACCACCGCCAGCUGGUCAGCCGCAACAGUGUCCAGGCAGUUGCGAGACUGGAGAUUACCAGAAUGGGCUAAUCGUCGCAAUCGUUCGUCUGACUUCACUGCCGAUUUCGACCAUCAGGAAUUUUAUGAUCGUUACCACGCUUUGGGAUGCAUGGACGGCAAGGAUGGCAUCCAGAACUGGAUCUUGCAACGCGGAUGGAGCAAUGGCGAGGUAGUCGUUGGACAGCAACGUAUCUGGGUCCGCGAAGGAACCUGGUGGGAAGCAGAAAACCAGCUCGACCUCAAGGCGCAGGACUUGACUGGUGCGAACAUGCUGGGAAGCAUGGUAGGUGCCGGUGGCCUCGAAAACAGCUAUACGGCAAACAACCCUGCGAUGGGCAGCGGCUUUUUCCCACCGUUGCCUGAUAUGAGCCCGCAGGCGAGCGCAACCAACAUCCUGGGCAACCAAAGCACCGCUACUUUGGGAGUCAAGGGCGCAGCUUUCGAUUCCAAGUCCAUUGCUCCUACCACGGCUCCUACACUUCAAGGUCGUCCUGGAGAUUACGGUCUUGGUGCGAAGGGCGAUGAAGACAAGGGCGUCACCUACUACGAUACUGAGACUGGCGGUAACAUGGUCAUCACAGAAACGGCUACAACCAAGACACGAAAGAUUUGGGUAGCCUUUGUCUGGGCACUGACUUUCUGGAUCCCCUCGCCUCUUCUCAAGUUUGUUGGCCGCAUGAAACGCCCCGAUGUUCGAAUGGCAUGGCGCGAGAAGGUUGUUCUUGUACUGCUCAUCUUUUUGAUCAACGCCACCAUCAUCUUCUACAUCAUUGCCUUCGGAAAGCUCCUCUGUCCCAACAAGGACAAAGCCUGGAAUCGCAAAGAAGUGUCCACGCAUCAAGGUGACAACGAUUUCUACGUGAGCCACCGUGGCGUUGUCUACGAUCUGUCGGACUGGUGGAAGGUUCAGCACAGUGACUCCCACACCAAGGUUACCACUGAAUCUAUGCAACCUCUAGGAGGCGCUGACAUGGACCCGUACAUCAGCCCUCCCCUGUAUCUGGCCUGCCCCGAACUGGUCGACAACUACCUCAUCAAAAUCGUCCCCAACGACACUCUUACCAACGAUAACGCCGCGGCGAUCCAUUCUUCGGGAAACAUGUCGACCUCGACCGACAGCGACGCUCUGAGGAAAAAUGACUGGUACCCUAACGUCUUCAUGCCCAAGAUCAAGGAGUUCCGGAAGGGCGACCUGGUCUGGGAUACAAAGGAUCUUGAAGACCAAGGUAGAAAUGACGGACGCCCAUGGUUCCGACUAGGCAACAAGGUCUACGACCUUACACCCUACUUCUACACACUUGAUGUGCGACCCAACCUUCCGGAAUGGGAGUACUUUGACUCCGACUUUUCAGACAUGGUAAAGCAAUUCGCUGGCCAGGAUAUCACCGAGCAUUUCGAAAACACCCUGAACAAGACCACCCGGGACCACACGCUGCGAUGUCUGCAGAAUACGUUCUACGUAGGCAUCACUGAUUUCCGCAAGACGGCCCGCUGCCAGGUGAAUGACUACAUCCUUCUCGCCUGCACAAUCAUUCUAUGUGCAGUCAUUGUUAUCAAGUUCCUGGCUGCGCUGCAGCUUGGUUCUAAGCGACGACCUGCCAACCAGGACAAGUUUGUCAUUUGCCAAGUCCCUGCCUACACCGAAGGUGAAGACCAGCUACGGAAGGGGCUAGAUUCUCUCACUGCUUUGGCGUACGAUAACAAGCGCAAGCUCAUCUGUGUCAUUUGCGACGGUAUGAUUGUUGGUGGUGGUAACGACCGUCCUACACCCAAGAUCGUCUUGGAUAUUCUUGGUGUUGACCCCCGCGUGGACCCUCCCGCACUUCCAUUCAAGUCAGUCGGCAUGGGAAGCGAGCAGCUCAACUACGGAAAGGUCUACUCUGGUCUGUACGAGUUUGAAGGCAACGUCGUUCCCUACAUUGUCGUUGUGAAGAUGGGUAAAGAGACGGAGCAAAGCAAGUCCAAGCCUGGUAACCGUGGAAAACGAGAUUCGCAGAUUCUGCUCAUGAGCUUCCUCAACCGCGUCCAUCACCGUGGCGCCAUGAAUCCCCUCGAGCUAGAAAUGUUCCAUCAAAUCAACAACAUCAUCGGAGUAGACCCCGAGCUGUACGAGUAUCUUCUCAUGGUCGAUGCCGACACGAUGGUCAGGCCUGAUGCGCUUACUCGACUGGUGGCAAGCUGCGCCAAUGAUUCCAAGAUUGCCGGUAUCUGUGGCGAGACGAGUCUGGAAAACGAAGACAAGUCUUGGUGGACUAUGAUUCAGGUCUACGAAUACUACAUUUCUCACCAUCUGUCCAAGGCCUUCGAGAGUUUGUUCGGCAGCGUCACCUGUUUACCCGGAUGUUUCUCCAUGUACCGCCUUCGCACAGCCGACAAGGGCAAGCCUCUCAUCAUCUCCGAUAAGGUCAUCAAGGAAUACUCUGACUGCGUUGUCGAUACACUGCACAAGAAGAACCUGCUGUCUCUCGGAGAAGAUCGUUUCCUGACCACCCUGAUGACGAAGCAUUUCCCGACCAUGUCGUACAAGUUCAUUCCAGAUGCCUACGCGUUCACAGCCGCUCCGGAAUCCUUCAGCAUUCUUCUCUCGCAGAGACGUCGCUGGAUCAACUCUACCAUCCAUAACUUGGCAGAACUGAUGCUUCUCAAGGACAUGUGCGGUUUCUGCUGCUUCAGCAUGCGUUUUGUUGUGUUCAUCGACCUCUUCGGUACCGUCAUCCUUCCAUCGAUCUGCGCCUAUCUCGGAUACCUCAUCUACAUGGUUGCUUCUGGCACUGGACAGUUCCCCAUGUUCUCAAUCAUCAUGCUGGCAGCCGUGUACGGCCUGCAAGCCAUCAUCUUUAUCAUCAAGCGACAGUGGCAGCACGUUGGAUGGAUGAUCAUCUAUAUCCUCGCCUUCCCCAUCUACUCUUUCGUGCUUCCCAUCUACUCCUUCUGGAAACAGGACGACUUCUCAUGGGGUAACACUCGUGUUGUUAUCGGCGAGCAAGGCGGCAACAAGAAGGUGCUCACCACGGACGACGAAGGGUUCGAUCCUAAGAGCAUUCCCCUCCAGCGAUGGGACGACUACGCUCUUGCCAAUGGUCUUCCUGGACGUCGGGGCUUGGCUGGACAGACCUCGGAGAAAGGUGGCUACAGCGCUUACGAAGAUGAAGGCUACGAGAUGAACGACAUGCAGUCCGUCUAUUCCUCCGUCAAGCCCGCCUCCACAAUCAUGUCCAACAUGCACCACAUCUCCCACAUGCCUCCCAGCCAGUCUCCCGGGCCGUACCAGGCAAUGCAGGCGCGCCAAUCGUCGUACUCGAACUUCUCUCGCUACCAAGACAACCCCAACGGCCGUCUGAUGUCCAUGGGCGGCAUGAGCGACCACUACGACCAGUCGCCAUACAGCAGCCGGCCCAACGUCGGGGGCUUCCAGAGCUCCGACAACCUCAUGACGGCCACGCCACCGGUGCGCGGACGCAGUCCUCUUGCCAGCGGCUACGCGCAGUCCCGGCCCGGCAGCACCGUCAACUUCAACGGCAUGAUGAACGGCCCCAGCGAUGCAACCAUCAUCGAGACGGUCCAGCACUGCCUGCGCGAGGCCGACCUCGACCGCGUCACAAAGAAGCAGCUCGUUGCCCUCGCCGAGCAGCGCCUGCAGACCCAGCUCACCGGCGAGCGCCGCAUCUUCCUCAACCAGCAGAUCGACCACGAGCUUGCGAACAUGGUGUAAGCCUUCCACACGCACGCCCUGCUUCGUUUUUGCCUGCACACGGCUUUUCUUAGCGCACUCAUUGUACAUUGCAAGCACGUCACGUCACGUCACGACUUUGUCAUUUCUAUCUGCACAAAAACAUCCCUUUUCAGUGUGUGUCGUUCCUUACCAUUGAUUCAAUGCGUCUCAGGCGCAGGCGUAUAAUGUUGGGAAAACCGGGUGUGACUGAUUAUGGGCCUGGACGGUCCGGUGGCUGAGCAUUGGGAGCGUCGCUCCUUGGUUGCGAAGAUUCUUCUCCUUGUUUUGAUAUUCCAGGGCGUUGUUGAUAUAGGUCAUGUUUGUGG